ACAAAAUAUUGUGUGAGAGCUGUAUCAACUGCGACACGGGGUGCUUUUCUUUUGACGUAGAGUUUAUGUUUGAGUGUGGUAAUGUGUUUUUUGGUGAUCACUGUGUUUAUUUGUACAUUAUCAAUUUAAUAUAAAUGAAACGGUUGUGUGGACUAUAAAUUUUUAUGGUUUAUUGGAAUAAUAUUUCAAAGGGGUUAAAUUUAGAUAACGUAUUUCGCAAAAAAGGAAUAUUCUUACAAGACGAAAAUAAAUUGAAAGGGGAGUAUUUCAUCAAUAAAAGAUAAAAAGAAAAUCUCGACAAUAAUCUCAACAUUCCCGAACAAUUAAUAGAAGACUGAUUUUUCCAUUAGGCAUUAAGACGUACUUCUACUAUGAAUUUGUGAGCAGACUUGAAGAGACACAAACAUGUUUAAGCUACUCGGAGGGUUGAGUGUGUACUUUAAAUAUCAGCCUAUUAGGACUGACAAUGCUGUAUUCAGACUGCACAACGUGUUCACAACGGUGGUGCUCCUCACGUGUUCCAUAAUCAUAACCGCCACACAGUAUGUUGGCCAACCUAUCCAGUGUAUCGUCAGUGGGUUGCCUGUAAAUGUGGUGAAUACAUUUUGUUGGAUCACAUCUACGUUUACUAUGCCAGAUGCGUUCGCUAGAGAGGUUGGCAGAGAGGUAGCGCAUCCAGGCAUAGCAAAUGAGUAUGACAGUGGAAACGAGAAAAAAUAUUACACAUACUAUCAGUGGGUGUGUUUCGUGCUGUUCUUUCAGGCAAUAAUGUGCUACACUCCCAAGUUUCUAUGGGACACCUUCGAAGGUGGUCUUUUACGCACGAUCGUAAUGGGGCUCAACGUCGGGGUAUGCCAUCCUGAAGAGAAAGAAAAGAAGAAGGAAGUGCUCAUCGGAUAUCUCCUGAGGCACGAAAAGAUGCACAAAUUAUACGCGCUGCGUUAUUGGGGUUGCGAGUUGCUGUGCUUGGUGAACAUAGUGCUGCAACUGUGGAUGAUGGACAACUUCUUCAACGGGGAGUUCUUCUCGUACGGCACCAGGGUGCUGGGGUACAGUGAUGUGCCGCAAGAAGAGAGGUACGAUCCUAUGAUAUACGUGUUCCCGCGUAUCACCAAGUGCACAUUCCACAAGUUCGGUGCAUCCGGCACCAUCCAGACGCACGACAGCCUCUGCAUCUUGCCUCUGAACAUAGUCAACGAGAAGACCUACAUAUUCCUGUGGUUCUGGUACAUCAUCUUGGCUGUUGUGCUGUCACUUCUCGUCUUGUAUAGGCUAGUGAUAAUCUUUGUUCCAAGCGUGCGGCCGCGGCUAUUACACGCUCGAUCCCGCACGCUCGCCAUAGAGACGGCUGUGGUGGUGUCCCGUCGCACCGACGUAGGAGACUGGUGGCUGCUGUACAUGCUCGCACGGAACAUGGACCCGCUCAUAUACAGGGAGCUGAUCUCCGAAUUAGCUAAACGUAUGGGAGAGAAGCCGCACCCGCGCGCGUGACCCGCGCCCCCUCCCCCUCCGCCCCUUCCCGCCGUCGCCACCCUCACCGCGUGACAUUAACUAGCAGACCAGUACUGAACACACGGCAAGUAACAUGCAGUUCUGACAACCACAGACUAAUUAAAAACAUACUGUUCCGUGAGAACUCUUGACUAUUUCCUCUUGAAUGUCACAUCCUCAAUGAUUUAGGACUUUCUUGUUGAGAGAGUUUAGAAAAUCGGUCCAAGAAUUUUUGAGCAAAUUCACUAUGAACAGUAGAAACGACUGUAAUAUUAGUUUAGAUUGUAGGAAUCUGUAGUGUGAUUUAUGAUCGGCGAUUAAAGGUUAUAUUAAUAUGGAUACUACUGCGAGAUUUUGACUAAGAUGUUACAUUCAAACUAACAAUUGUGCUGGAUUCAAAAAAUUGAGUUUAUUUUUAUUAUUUUUAAAAACUGAAAGAAUUUUGCACAAAAAAAAAAACAAUCUAAUGAAAAUGAUGGAACACAAAAUAAAAACAUAUUUACGAUUAUGACAAGACUGAUUCCGUCAUUGGUUGAAACGAAAAUUGAAAUUUACAUAAACACUAACUUCAUGUCGUCCAUAUUAAGAUAUCUCCAGAAAAUCCUUGGAAGUUGUUUAGGAAAACGAAUCUCAAGACUUGUGUAAUUGAGCUUUUAUUAAUGAUUUUCGUGUCAUCAAUGCUGUGCAACAUACACUUUAUUUAGCGUUAAUAAAGUUCAAUAUAGGAUAACAAAAAAUUUAAUGCACACAUCCUGCCUGGUGUGAAAGAUUCUUUUACUCGAAACCUACCUAAACGUUAACGGUUGAUAAGUUUAAGUCAUAGUAAGUCAUAUUUUCAUGGUACAUGACGAUGCAUAUUUACUGUGAAAGUUGACCUUGAUUUCAUCCAUCACUUGAUUUAUAGGAUGGACUUUUAGCAUCACAAUCAUCACAAUCACAUCACAUCUUGACAUUAUUAGUUAAAUAAUCACAAACACGCGUGUUAUAUGAAUUAUGACGAAGUUUAUAUACGACUAUUGAAUUAAUUUUAAUAUUAAUCCGUUUGAAAUUCGACUGAAAUGUCAUUUGUUUAAAACCUCUAUUGGCAUGUCGAUGCGCGAUAUUCGUUACUCGAAUUUUGUAUACAUUUUAUAUGCCUUUACUGUGUAUUUUUCUAGUUUAAGAUUGAUGGACUCGUGUAGAUAGGUGUAGAUUUAAACAGUCGGAUAUUACUCUAGAAGCGGUUGCCAUAAGGUUGAAUAUUGAAUGGGAAAUCUCUAUGGAUAAUUUUGUCACUGCCACGAAUUUUGUAUCUGCAUGCUCGAAUUAAUGGUUGUAUUUACUUGUGUUGAUGUUGUACAAUGUAGUUAAUUUUUUACACAAAGACAUUUUUAACUCGUGGGACCUGAUAUGAGUCUUAUGCAGUUGUUUUAAAUCAGUUUUUUUAUUAAAUAUAUCUGAUUAAUGUUUUAGUAUUUUAAUGUGUUUUCACAGUGACAUUAUUUUCGUGUGUAAUAAAAUAAAUAAAUCAUAAUUGAUUAUUAAAAAUAUAGUCUCAAUUUUGCUUUUAUUAUACGCUCACGAAUUAAUAAACUCAAAGUGUACCAAUAAUUAUGGGUCACAAUAGUUUAAUUUAUUGUAAUUAUUAUACCUACCUUUUUUAUUACAUUGUUUUAAAUGUAUUCGAAUAUUAACCAACUGAUCAGCUAUGCAUAUCAUUUUAUUUACAUAUAUCAUUAUUAAUAAUCAAUUUCAAUGAGGUAUUCUUUAUUUAAGUAGUGCAUAUUUUAUAUGGAGAAAAUAAGAAAACUACUAUUAUAGUAGUUUUAUUAUAUACUGGCAAAAAAAUAGUUUUAAGAAAGCACUGAUCAAACAAUGGAUGGACUGUCGAUUAUUCGCCUUAUUGUAUGUGUAUGUGGAUAUUGGAUAGGUAUUUAAGUCUGGUAAAGAUCUUUUAUGGUGUGUAAUCUGAAUGUCAUGUCUUUUGUAUAUUAUACUUUUUAUUAUUAUAUAUUAAAAAUUUGGUGUAAGUUUGGAAUUGAAUGGAACGUAAUGAAAUGUCUUUUGAAUAAUCUUUUUUUUAUCUUUUCUAUACUCUAUUCCUAGGACAAGCGAAAAAACGGAGAAUGCCACAGAAAUGUGAGCGUCGAAAUAAUGCGAUACGUAUCGUUUUCGUGUAGUGACUGAGACACUUCGAUGAUAGAGUAUUUUUGGUUAGAAUUAAAAAUACGGGAUUAGCUUGAUUGUAUAUUUUUAUGGUUAUAAUAAACAACUGUAAAAUAAAUAUACAAAAUAAUAACAUACAGCAGUUCGUUUUAGAAUAAUUUUGAAUUAUGAAUAAAGAAUCAAGAUUAAUCAAAAAUUAAGUUUAAAGUCAGAGACACAAAGAAGUUUAAUCAACAUCUUGUCCUAAGAUGAACGACGCACCGUUACAAUACUUUGUUUUAUAGUAAUGGGCAGUACUACGCGGAAACGAUACAGAUUUCUAUGGUCAUCGAUAUACAUAUAUUGUUUAGCUCGGAAAAUAUCGAGACUUUUUUUCGAUCACACUAUAGUAAUGUUGUAUUAUAUAUAUAUUGACGUAGUCUCUACGGUCUACAAGUAAGCAAAAGUAAAUGAUGCUAUUGAAAACUUGUUUAAAAGUUGUAAAAUUAUAUGAAGCAGUUUAGUUCGUAAGUUAAUCGUUGCGAAUUGUUGGACUGCUUUUGAGUAUGAUCAUCUAUGUAUUUUAAAAAACAAGGAGUAUUUAUUAGUGGAUGAAGUGUGGAAUAUGUUGUUUUCUGAUAUUUCUCGAUAUAUAUGUUCUAAGUUAUAUGACGAUUAAAUUCAAAUCUUGAAUCUCCAAACUUGAAUCUCAAGCUCUUAAUAGACUUCUUUCGAAUUUCUUUUUUUUUGUAUUUUAUUCUUAUGGUAAAUGUUUUAGCACGUCAUCCACAAUAGUAUAUCUCCCAAAAUUAACAUUCUAAAUAUAGUUGUGACAAAUUUCCAAUUAUUUGGUGUUCAUUUUUAAUAGCUAAACUCCCCUUUUGGAGUGUUUUAUAUUAGAAAGUAGCUUAUGGCGUGUCGAGAGGCGCAUUGUUAAGUUUUCAAGUUGACUUGUCAAAUUUUAACAUCAUCUCAUACAUUUCAUCACAUUAACUACUCGAGAAAUGACGUCAUUGUCAAGAGCAUGCUUAUUUUCUCAAAUUUAGUAUUGUAUCGAAAGUUUUACAUAAAAAAAUAUGUAUAACAUUAGUAGUUAUAACAUCACAGUUUUUUUUCAAACCUAUAGCCUAAGAUUUUAUAAUUCAUUCGUUUUUAUUUAGUUUUUUUUUUGUUAAAAUAAGCAAAUCAUAACUUCAAAGAUGUAUGUAACACUUUGAUAAUCAUUGUAGAACUAUCAAUAAGACAGUAGGAAAAUUCUUUUAAAUAUUGGCACUUAAGGGUGCGUCCACAUCUGGCAGAAAUUCAUUUAGGUCUGAUUACUUCUACAAUUUGUGGUGUGCAGGUCGUACUGAUAUUAAUUGUAAGAGACAAUCGAAUAUAUUACUGUCCUGUUAAAUAUUUGCAAUAGAUUUCGAAAUAUCGAUAUAAUUGUAGUUUUAUUUUAACUGAACCAGUUAUAGAGCGAUUUGAUUGUUUCAACUAAUGUUAGCUCAUUGUUAAUGUGGGGUCGGUAUGUGAAUUCAUUGUAAUAAUAUAACACAUAUAUGCAUUUUACUAGCAAAAUAUCAAUUAGAAGCGUAGCGCAGUUAUCUGGACGCAUCCUUAUAUUUCUAUUGGCUUAAGCAUUCAAUGAAUUAUGACGAAAUUUGAAAUCUCAUACGAAAAAACCGUGUAGAACAUGUGAUCUGUAACAUACGCUAUUUUGCUAGCGAUCGUUUGAUAAAAGCAUUAUUUGCUGAUAAUUUGGAUUUUUAUUUUAAUAAAUAUGUGAACUAAAAUAACUUUGCAUCUUUAUUUUUGUAUUCUGUUAUUAUUCAUCCAUAUAAUAUAUAGUUUCACACGUUUACAACAGUGAUUUAUAUGUAAAUAAUAAUAAAGUUCCUAAUCGAAGUUGAUUUUGGUUCACAAUAUUAUUAUCGAACGCCAUUUAAUGAUAAGUUUCGAUCGAAAAGACAUCGUGUAGUGUGACUGUAAAUCAGCAAAUAUUAUUAUAAAUAGUUUUUCUAUAAUGAUAAACAUUUAACAAAAGAUUAAAUUAGUAGAUUUAUACGUUACGUUUGAUAAGAAACGAUAUAUUUACAACGAUUCUGAUAUAAAUCGAACACAUUUCGCUUUAUGUAGACUUGCUGGCUUAUAGACGAAUGUUUAAAUACAUUUUUACAUUAUCCUUGACGGACCGAUCUUACUUGUGGUAAAUAAAAUAAUAUACGAAUUAAUUUUAUCCGAUCUUCUCGGAAUAUACGGUCACCCUACACAAUAUAAUGAUUUAUUAUAGGUGUAAUUAUAAGUGAUAUAUCGUUCGCAUUUAUUUUAAAUUAAGAGAUGCCUACAUUCGAUAAUGCGGUGGUUUUAAGAUCAUGGAUUGUAUAGAGAAGUGCAGUGUUAUUACUACAGUAAAAUCUAAAUAUUAUCUCAAUUCGUGAAUCUUCUUUUGUGCAACUUUAUAUGUCAAUCUUUCUUGAUUUAAGUAUAAAACGCAAUAGAUUUCCAUCUCAAUCGUACAUAGCCUACUUGAAUCUUUCUGAUUGGUCGACACUUGACGCACUUUAAACUCACACUGGGAUUAAACGUCUGAAAGUCGACGGUUUUGUAACACACAGUUUUCUAUAUGAGCGCCCUUAUUAGUUAUGCAUUUUCAACUAUAUCUAUAUCGUGGGCUAUGCACGCAGUAACGUGUCAGCUUUAGCCUUCUGCAUAGGUACACACGGCUGCACGUCGGGUUACCACAAUAUGUCCAAUUUCUGCUAUUGAUUUUGAACUCUACUGUUAAUACAAUAAGGUUUAAAAUAAACUUGAGAAAUGCUACAGUUUUGUUUUUGAAGCACUGCUAAAUAUACCAUUUUAUUUGGGUUUUACUGUACCUUUGAUUGUAUAUUAUGGAUACAGCCAUGUAAUUCACAUAGCAUAAAACGAAAUCAGAGAAUAUUAUUUUAAUGAAAUAAUUUUGUUAAUCUGAAAUAUCGAUUAAACUGUUUAGUGAAUUAUAAGAAUUAUAUUAUUUAUUAAAAGCCAUUAAUCCGCUUUAAGUUUAAUGGACCGAUAUUGGAAUAUGAUAUUUUUCAAUAUUGUUAGUAAGUUUUAAUUUGAAGUUGAAUAUACGAUUUUGAUUUU